AUGGCGUCCCUGUUGACAGAUCCGCUGUUUGAAAUCGCCGGACGGGGUCCCUCGACUAAUAAAAACUACUACAACUGUGUCGUUACCAAGGAAGACGUGAUCUGGAGAUGGUGGACGAUAUCUCCUCGAGCUGUGUACAGGCUUUCGAAGCCCGGUCAACUCAUCAUGUCACAUGAGGACUUCCUGGAUGACAGCAAAUUACAAAAUGAUCUGGGCAUGAUCUUUGGCCGCGGCGCCUUGAAGUACACCAAGGCUCUAUGCCAAGGCCAUUUCGAUUACCUGGAACGUCUCCCCGACUCCUUACUUCUGCAGAUCGUCAACUAUCUGGAGCUGGAAGACGUGGGUCAACUGGGACGAACUUCGCGUAGGUUCCGGCAGCUGUGCGGUUCCGAGGAGUUCUGGGAGCAGGCGGUGCGGCGAUGCUGCAAAACGGUUUCCCCCGAAGUAGCCGCCCUGGCGCGAGAGGUGGGUUGGCGCAACAUUUUUUUCACCAACAAGUUGCAGCUGCAGAAGCUGAUCGGCCGCCGGAGGCUGAGGGCCGAAGAGGAGAAGGCCGAGCACGGGAAAAGGCCGAGCGAGACGGCUCGUUCCGACCUCAAAGCGCCGGCCGCCGUGGAGCGCACCAUGGAGGGAUGA